GUUUGGGACUUGUCUACACAGAGAGGGUCUUCUCUAAGAAGUUGACGAGACUCUUCCUUUCUCUCAAUUGUAGCAGCCCCAGGCUAAAUCUGAACAAUGGCUCCAAGACUCAAGAAAGAAAAGUUAGGUAUCAAACCCAAGUCGGCGAAACAGAAGAUAACUUAUGAAGAAGCAGUCCCAGUUUCUAUGGAAAGUAUUGGUCACCCAGAGAUUUUUCCUCUGGUACUUACCACCAAGACCCAGGAAAUAUUUAACUGCCGAGCUGAAGAAGAUGUCACAGAAGAACACCCCAAUAAACUUAUCAAAAAAGAAGAUAUAAUUCAAGAUUUCAAGAAUAGAGCUGGAAUAUCCGACUUCCACCCAGUCAAAAAAGUUGUGAUGGAGUAUCCGGGAGAAGAACUUUUGGUUGUUUAUGAUAAAGAGUUCAAAUACGGACAGAAUUUUUAUCUUAUUGGAACUGAAGAGGCCAAAGAAAGCAUUUUAAACCCUCCACAAGAGCAGGUGGAUACCGAAGAGGUCAAAGAAAGCGUUGAAGACGUUUAUGUUUAUAAACCACCUAUUCCUAAACCUUGGGUUUCCCUGGGAAGUGAGAAAGAAAUUGAAGAAGAAUCCGUGCAUGAAUCUACAAUCAUGGCCAAGUAUAAGAUUUCUCGCAAACGAAGACAAUUUGGUGCACCCAUUGAAUUCGGUGACUAUAAUGCUUCAAGUGUGAAAGACAGCUACAUUGAAUGUACAGCAUAUGCAGAUAAAAACUUUGCAGUCAAGCAGCUUGAGAAAGACAUUGCUGUACAAAUGAUACCGAUGGUGAUGAAUAAGCACACUCAGACCCAAUGGAAAUUUCCCAGAAAUGCUACUACACAAUAUAUGCCUAGAGAAUUCUCAAAAGAGGAAAGAGAAACACUUCUACAGUCAAAGGAUCUGAAAGAUUUUCUUAACUCUAUAUCCUUGAGUGUUGAAGUGGCACUACAACAAAAUGAAAUCAUGAAUGUCUUUAUUGAUGACUGGAAGGUGCUCGCUGAGGAAGAAGCCACUUUUGGUGACAAGACAGAUUCCCACCUUAAAGAAUAUCAGUCCUUUACAGACCUUCACAAUAUAAAGGAUAAAACCAUUACUUGCGUUUGUUGGCAUCCCACGAUUCAUGGGCUAAUAGCAGUGUCUAUAGCAGAACGACUCAAUUAUGAAGAAAGAGUUCAGUUUUCAGGCAAAUUACUUUUGCAACCAUCCCUGAUUCUUUUUUGGAGUUUCUCUGAUCCUAUACAUCCUCAGCUGAUGCUGCAAAGCCCAGAUGACAUCUUCUGCUUCCAGUUCUGUCCCAGUAACCCGGAUAUAAUUGCUGGAGGCUGUAUAAAUGGACAGGUGGUCUUAUGGGACAUUAGUGCACAUAGUGAACGCAUUGUCCAUGUCAAAGGAACUGGAGGGACCAGUAAGAAAGCCACACUUAAGCCCAUAUUUCUACUGGAACCAGACAGUAAUAAGGAGGCACCAUAUGUGAGUCAUUGUGCUGUAUCAUCGAUAGAACAUGGACACAAGAAACUAAUCACAGAUUUACACUGGCUGACUGACAAUUUUGAGCUCAACAGAAUGGGAUAUGCUUUUGAGAAUCGAAGUGGAAUAUGUUGCCAGCUUGUAACAUGUUCAAUAGACUGCACAAUAUACUUCUGGGAUAUCAGACCAACAAGGCCUCCACCAAUAUCAACUGAUAAAAAAAAAGAAGAAAGUGUUGAGGUUCCUCAUGAUGUGCCCUCUACUUUUUUACAUUUAGAUCUCUCUUGGAAGCCUCAUAUUAGGAUAACCUUGGCUAAAAGUGGCACAACUUUAGACCACUGCCCAGUCAAAAUCAGCUUGAGAGAUGAUUUUCUCCAUUACCACAUUCAAGACGCCCAGACACUCCAGCAGAAAGCCCAGAUUGCAGGAGAGGACCCUUACCACAACCUAGAAUCCGGUUUGGCCAAAAUCCUCAAGCCAAUAGAAGAUUAUAACACAAAGUUCUUCAUUGGAACAGAAGAUGGGGAAGUGAUAUACACGGAUUGGAGGAUGGAAAGAGAUCAUGAUUCUGGAAGAUUAAUAAGUCAGAAGCCGUUGAACCGAUACGCGGUCCACGAUGGAAGCAUUAACACUGUCCAGAGAUCACCUUUUUACCAGGACAUUAUCCUCACCAUUGGGGGCUGGAAUGUGGCCAUAUGGAAGGAAGGUGUUCCUCAAGGACCACUCCUUCAGUCAGCCUGCUCAACAAAAAUGUACACUGCCGGACAUUGGUCCUUGACGAGACCAGCAGUAUUCUUUGUGGGCAAAGAUGACGGAUACAUCGAUAUUUGGGACCUGCUGGAGAAAACUCACGAACCGGCCCACACACAAAACAUAUGCACAACAUCAAUCACAUACAUCAGACCCUGGAUGGUCUCCACAAGGCAGCAAUUUGUAGCCAUAGCUGAUUAUUUUGGAACGCUGCAUAUAUUAGAAAUUCCAUGGACAUUAUGUCACCCUUUGGCCAAUGAGGUACAAAGUGUAUACCAUUACUUUGACAGAGAGGUCAGUCACCUGAAAUAUACAGAAAAACGCAAAGAAAUCCGAGCGAAGCAAAAAACAGAUUUGCACCUGGAAUCAGAGAAAAAUAAAAGUAAAGCUGUUCAAAAAUCAAAAGAACGGUUAGAAGCUGAGUUGAGGCUAAACUAUGAAGAGUAUUUGAAUUUCGAAAAACAAGUGCUUGGAAACCUCGGGGUGAUCCCAGAAACAGUCCCAUCCUCAUUCAGAGACCUCAUUUAAGUGGCCAACCCCUGGGCUAUCUUUCUGAAGAUUUCUCUACUUCAGGAAUGUCUCUUCCCCCUUUCUGAGUAAUGACUCGCUUCUCUAUCAGUUUCCCAUAUUUAAGCUGUACAUAAAAUGAGUAGGGAAAUGAACAUAAGGUUAUUAAUGUAUAAGUAUAGAUAAAUUAACUUCAUUGGCAUUUAUUAAAACUCAGUUUGA